CGGUCUUUUCUAUCCUUUCCAUCAUCCCCAAGGUCCUUUUGUUUAUUCAAUCUAUUACAAUUUUAUAUAAACCACUAUGUCUGUCGCAAAUGAGGUCGAAGCUGCGAAUGCCGAAUACGCGGCAUCCUUCACCAAGGGCGAUUUGCAGCUUCCCCCGCAGCGAAAGGUCGCCAUAGUGACGUGCAUGGAUGCCCGACUGGACCCUGCUCGCGCUCUUGGUCUGGAAGAAGGAGAUGCCCAUGUUAUUCGAAAUGCAGGUGGUCGAGUGACAGACGCUCUUCGAAGCCUCAUCAUCUCGCAGCAGCUGUUGGGAACGAGAGAGAUUAUUCUUGUGCACCAUACCAACUGUGGAAUGCUCACCUUUACCGAUGAGGCGAUCCGGAGCAAGAUCCGAUCUGAACUUGGCCAGAAUGCUGAUCAUAUUGCAUUUUUGCCGUUUGGUGAUUUGAAACAGAGUGUUCUGGACGAUAUCCGAUCGUUGAAGGACAACAGUCUGUUGCUGAAUGUUCCUAUCACAGGCUAUAUUUAUGAGGUUGAGACUGGCAAGAUUACCUUAGUCGAGAAGAAUGUGUAAUUGGGGGAUGUUAAGUUUCUAAUGCAAGAUGUUUGCGUAUCAUGCAGUCCAGCUCUUUGUCUUCUGC